UCCCUUUCCCCAGUCCGGAAGCUUUUCUGGAGUCUCCUGGCGGUUGUUUCUCGUGCCGGUCGUGGAGGAGUCAGGGCCGCGAGCAUGAACCCGGAUCUGCGAAAGGAGCGGGAGGCGGCUUCUUUCAAGGCGGAGCUGCUGACCAACAUCUUGGACGGGGGUGCCGACCGGACCCGGCGCCGCAAGGAAAUCGAAGCUAUUGUUGCAAAUGAAGUCAGCUUCAAGAAUGAAGAUGUAAAUUUCCUCUCCCGCAGCCAGCGCUAUGAAGUAGCUAUAAAAAAGAGUGCUCUUAUGGUGUUGAAACUCAGAGAAUAUGGGAUUGCAGACCCUGAGGAGAUCUACUGGUUUAAAAGAACAUGCCUGGGCAAAAGCAUUGCACCCAUUGAUGUGCACUUCAGCAUGUUUGUGCCCACCUUAGAGAACCAAUGCACUGAUGCCCAGGAAAAGAAGUGGCUGCCUCUGGCCUCCCGCUUCCAGAUAAUCGGCACCUACGCUCAGACGGAAUUGGGACACGGAACCCAUCUCCGGGGAUUGGAAACCACAGCCACCUAUGAUCCUGCUACCCAGGAAUUCAUCCUUAACAGUCCAACUGUGACUUCUAUUAAGUGGUGGCCAGGUGGAUUGGGUAAGACAUCAAACUAUGCCAUUGUUUUGGCUCAGCUUUAUACCCAGAACAAAUGUCAUGGGUUACAUGCUUUCAUUGUGCCUCUACGUCAGUUGGGAACCCACGAACCAUUGCCAGGCAUCACCAUUGGUGACAUUGGCCCAAAAUUUGGUUAUGAUGAAAUGGAUAACGGUUACUUAAAAAUGGACAAUUUCCGUAUUCCCCGGGAAAAUAUGCUAAUGAAACAUGCCAAGGUUGAACCAGAUGGUACAUAUGUGAAACCUCUCAAUGCCAAGCUGACUUAUGGGACCAUGGUAUUCAUCCGUUCAAUGAUUGUUGGAGAUGCUGCUCGCAGUUUAGCCAGAGCUUGUACGAUAGCCAUCCGCUAUAGUGCUGUAAGACAUCAGUCUGAGUUACAGCCUGGGGAGCCAGAGCCUCAGAUUUUGGAUUAUCAGACCCAGCAGUACAAGCUCUUUCCUCUCCUAGCAACUGCAUACGCUUUCCACUUUGUGGGUGCCUAUAUGAAAGAUACGUAUCGUCGCAUCACUGGGAACAUCAGUGACGGAGACCUGAGUGAGCUGCCAGAGUUGCAUGCGCUGUCUGCAGGACUCAAGGCUUUCAGUUCCUGGACUGCCAACGCUGGCAUUGAGGAAUGUCGGAUGGCAUGUGGUGGGCAUGGCUACUCCCGCUGCAGUGGCCUGCCUGAUAUUUAUGUCAACUUCACUCCCACCUGCACUUAUGAAGGAGAGAACACUGUCAUGAUGUUGCAAACUGCCCGAUUCCUUGUCAAAAGUUAUACCCAAGUUAGUUCUGGACAGUUAGUUAGUGGCAUGAUGUCCUACCUGAAUGACCUACCACGACAGCAUAUUCAGCCCCAGCAUGUGGCUGCUAGACCCACAACACUGCAUGUCAACAAUCCUUCCAGCGCGGUGGAGGCAUAUAAAUUGAGAGCUUCAAGGAUGGUUGAGUUUGCAGCAAAAAAUUUACAGGCUGAACUAAACCGCAGGACAAGCAAAGAGGAUGCUUGGAACCGGACUUCCAUUGAUCUAGUGCGAGCAUCUGAGGCACACUGUCAUUAUGUGGUGGUCAAACUGUUCACAGCGAAGCUUUCAGAAAUUGGUGAUCCAGCUGUCCAUGCUGUCCUUAACAACUUGUGUUUAUUGUAUGCACUAUGUGGGAUUAUAAAGAACUCUGGAGACUUCCUGCAGGGAAGCAUUUUGACAGAGGCCCAGCUAAUUCAAGUGAACCAGCGUAUAAAAGAACUCUUGGCUCUUAUCCGUCCCAAUGCAGUAGCUCUAGUGGAUUCCUUUGAUUUCUCUGAUUCUGUGCUUGGAUCUGUGCUUGGCCAAUAUGAUGGUAAUAUAUAUGAGGAUAUGUUUGAGUGGUCGAAGAAGUCACCACUAAAUAAAACACAGGUCCAUGAAUCUUUCCACAAACACCUGAAGCCACUGCAGGCUAAACUGUGAUAACCUUUGUUUGCUUUUUAAUGUACUUUACGUUAGCUUCUUGAAAUAAUAUAAUUUGCCCUAUGAGCAUCUGAAGCACAUGGCAAACCGAAAUAGCCAUAGGAUAGUCAGUAAUAGUAGUCUUCUCACUUUUUUAAAAUAAACAUUGAAUGAAUUAGAGCAAGGAAAUACAAUGAUAAAAAUGCAAUUGUAAUUAUGCUCAGAAACUAACCUUUUUAAUGAAUCAGAAAUGCUUUAUAGAUUGGUGUAAAAUGGUCAGUGUGUGAGCCUUUUAAGCAUCUGCAGAAGCUGUGUUAUCUAUAGCAGGAUUUUCACUACUAAGUAGUUGUAGAAAGCAGUUAUUGAGUAGAAACAGCUUCUCCGGAAACUCCUUUAAAAAAUUGUCUUGCACAUUUUCUUAAUGCCAUCUUAAGAUGCAGUUGUUGUCAGAACCCUCCUGCACACUUAAACUACUGCAAUAAGUUUUUCACAGCUUUGUCAGGAUUUGGGCUUCAAGGACCUUGCACAAACAUUGUGUGUAUGUAUGUAACUGUUUGGUGUUCCAGGAAUGGAUUCUUUGUGCUAUGGGUGCAGUCUAUCCUAAUUAAGUGUCAUUCUUAAUGUUUGUGUACAAUUUCACUUUCUGCAUUCCCAAAUGGCAUGUAGGAGUUCUAUAUUACAUUUCCCAUAAAACUCUCUGUAGCAUGCAAGCAAGAUCUCUCUCAAGCAGUGAUUUCUUUUCUUUUUAAAAAUGGUGGCUUGUUCUCUGGGUGUUCAGGAAAAUUGAAUGGGAAAAUGUCAGGAGUUCCAUUUCAUAGCAAUAUUUCCAUCAUUUCCAACUUGCAAAGCCACUGGGGAGGGAAAAUCUUUGCUCCACACAAACUGUAAAGAGUAUUUAAGAUUCCUGUGCCUAGUUUUAAUCCUAGGCUUUUUUUCUGAAACAAUGUUUUAGGAGUGGAAUAUGGAUUUUUGCCCCAUAGAAUCAUAGAGGAGAAGAGGGUCCAGACUGGUGGACAAAGUCCCAUCAGCCUACACAAUCUGGCUCUCAGGAGGUACAGAGAACAGGUUAUCACAGUAAAGGACCUCAGCUCUAGAUUACUGUUAGCAGGCUAACAUUUUAGCAUUGUAUAGAACUUUAUUGUGUGAAAUUACCAUGACAAAAUUGCAAGCAGAUUGGUUGGAUUCAGCUUCAGUAACAAAUCAAGACUUGGAUCACAAAGCAAGGAAUUUCGUGAAAUUGGAGAGUUGACUUCUUUGAUAUCCUGGCUGAAGAGCUAAAUGUACUGCAGGGAAAGUCUUAUGCUGCAACCUUUGAGCAAGAAAAACACUAUAUAUUACAACUGAAACAAAAACUGAUUAUAAAAUAAUUGUUAUGUCCUAACUGUUGAUAUAUCAAAUAGAGCUGUACUUAAUAUACUGAAUUUCUGCAUACAGCGCUGACUGGAAAUGAAAAACUGCAAUAAAAGACUAUUUGACAUCUUGUGCAGAACAUAUGCUUAAUAAAGAAAUUAAUUUUCA